AUGGACGUGACAAUACAAGGGACACCGGUCGAAUAUAGCACAUUCACCAACAACAACAACAACAAUGGCGGCUCGUUCGACGCCAGCGAGUUUGCCCGGAAAUUCCGCGACCAAUUCCUGAGCGGACCGAGGAAUGGAUUCGGAGGAAUGAGCAAUGCAAACAACUACAACAACAACAACCAAAUGCCGCCCGCCUUCAGCUCGCAGCCAAACAAGGGCAAAUGCCCCUACUGCUUCGGCAACAACUUCAAGAAGGCCAAGCGAAGGGUC